UGGAUGCUUUUACUUGUGCUCACACCUGAGUAUGACAACGUACCUACGCAAACAGUGACUUCCUGUUUAGUGCAAAGUAAGCUUAAAAAUAGGAAGUAUUAACUCAAAUUCUACUAUAUGUCGUGUCGUAUUUUAUUGUAGUCAAAGAUGAUAUCCUGAAAACUUGCCAUACCCACUUGCCAGACCUAGCGGUUAGCAUGUUCGAAUCUUUAGGCUGUAAAUUGCAUGUCCAUAGGUAUGAAUGUAUUUGCCCUACGAUUGGCCAGGUUGCACCCCAUGUCAAGCUCCACCAUACUGAAUAGACAGGGAAAUGUUCUUCAAACAACCCUAACCCGGAAAAAAAAAGAAAAGUGGGCAUUCCUAGACACACACCUAUGGGCUAACCCGCCCACCCUAUCCGUGUCAGUCGGGUUCCCGCCCCCUGAACUUCUCCCAGCCUCCUUCCCUCAGCUCCGAGACAGAGUAGCCAGUUGCUGAAGCAUCACUCGGACCUUCCUGCCGCUUGUGUUCAUGUGUGGGCUGCAAAGGAAAAGUUUGCCGUCAGUCUGGAGCCGCUCAGCUUUGCCAACGGAUGGACUUUAUUCACCAGCAAGCAAGGCGGCGUCAUGAAAAGUUCUACGCCGGGUGACCCACCGGGAGUGUGCAGGGGGAUGGAGCAGCAGGGAGCCGAAGUUGGUGAAGCCGAGAGCUUCCGAGGCAGCCCGGAUGAGGGAGGUGAGAGAGGUCACAGUCCCAUUCUGAGUGGAUCCCCGCCAUGCAAGAUGAGCCUUCUGGAAGUCAAUGGCGGUCCGGAUACUCCACAAGCCCGACUUGGCAGCGACGCACCGCUAAGGCCACUGGGAGGUGUGACGAUUCCUGUCUACUGCGUGGUGGAGCACGUAGAUGUGGGUGUGGCCAAUGUCAACGAGACGCGUGGUCACCGCCAUGCAGAAUUUGUGCUCGUCCGAAAAGACGUUUUGUUCACACAACUGGUGGAGACGGCACUACUGUCCCUGGGCUACUCGCACGGCUCAGCUGCACAAGCUCGAGGCAUCAUCAAAGUGGGCCAGUGGAAGCCGAUGCCCAUCCACUGCCUAACAGACGCUCCAGAGGCCACGGUAGCAGACAUGCUGCUGGACGUUUACCACAUGGUCACGCUGCGGAUCCUGCUGCACAGCUUUUCCCGGCUGGAGGAGCUACCCUCCGAACAGUGGACGCACGCCACCGUAAGGAAGGCCCUCAAAGAGCUGCUCAGUGAGACCAACCAGAGUGCUCUGGCCAAGGAGUGUCCGCUUUCCCAGAGUAUGAUCUCUGCCAUCGUCAACAGUUCCUAUUAUGCCAACAUCUCCAUCUCCAAAUGCCAGGAAUUCGGACAUUGGUACAAACGAUACAUACGCGUCCAAGGCGACUAUGCAGACAAAAAGUGGCAGCCACGGGACAAAUCGGAUGUGAAAGUGGAGAGAGACUGGGAGCCAAGUGCUCUGACCAAGCGACUUCCCUCCUUUUUGCCCUACCUGGGUGCCACCGGAGGCAUCAAAACUCACCUACUGGAUCCGCAAACCUCCGCCAUGCUCCACCAUCCGACCAAUCCGUCUCCCAGCCCUCCUCUGCGCCCCCAGGGUCUACCUCAUCUGGGCCAUGCUGGCCUCCUGCCCCCGCAGCUCAUGCGGCAUCAGCUCACCAUGGCGCACCUCAUCAACCAGCAACUGACCGUCAACCGCUUGCUCUCCCAGCAUCCCCCGUCUGCAGUCAUCCAGCAAUACGUCAACCACACGUCUAUCUCACAAACAUGCAAGAGCCUCAGGAGCCCCGCAGAACCCGUCGCCACCUGUUCAGGAGCUGAAGUCUCCUCUGAUAUCUACCAGCGAGUCAGGAGCGAAUUGAAGAGAGCCAGUGUCUCUCAAGCGGUCUUUGCCCGGGUGGCCUUUAAUCGCACGCAGGGCUUGCUGUCGGAGAUCCUACGCAAGGAGGAAGAUCCCCGCUCAGCUUCACAGUCGCUGCUGGUCAACCUGAAGGCCAUGCACAGCUUCCUGAGUCUACCGGAAGGCGAACGAGACCGCAUCUACCAGGAAGAGCGAGAGAGAAACACUCACACCAACCACAACCCCGUCUCCAAUGGCAACACACACAGACACAUGCCGACUAAACCCAGUACAGAGACUCCCGUCAAGGUGGACUCGCUGGUAAACAUCACAUCGGGGAUCUAUGAAGAGAUCCAGCAGGAGAUGAAGAGGGCAAAGGUCUCCCAGGCUUUGUUCGCCAAGGUGGCAGCAAACAAAAGCCAGGGUUGGCUUUGUGAGCUUCUCAGAUGGAAAGAGAACCCAAGCCCUGAGAACCGCACACUAUGGGACAACCUGUGCACCAUCCGCAGAUUCCUUUCCAUCCCGCAAGCCGACCGCGAUCAGGUUUAUGAGGAGGAGGCGAGGCAGCAGCACGGUGACAAGCUCCAUUCUGUCCUGCACAUCCCAGAGCCGCAGGCGCCAUCUCUGCCACCUCUGAGACCUCUAUCCCCUCUACAUGUCGACCCACAGCUCAUCGCCUUGCCCCUCCUGCGAAAGUCAGAAAGCGGGCCACCUGAGCUUGAGAUGAGCCCUGCCUUUGGAGGACCAAAAAAGGCCCGUUCAAGAACCCGAAUUUCCCUGGAGGCGCUGGGGAUCCUGCAGAGCUUCAUUGGCGACGUUGGCCUCUACCCUGACCAGGAGGCGAUACACACCCUGUCGGCCCAGCUAGACCUGCCCAAGCACACCAUUGUCAAGUUCUUCCAGAACCAGCGCUACAACUUCAAGCACCACAAUUCCAAGGAGGCGGGCUUUGGGGAGGACGAGCGGGAGCGUCCCUCGGAGAAGGGGCUCUAUGUGUGCGAGGAGUCCAGUGAAGAUGGGAGAGCUUCAGCGGAGGCCUUUGGAAUCGAGAGGGAGGUGGAAAUUGAUCGAGAAGAAGGGGAUUGUGGGAAAGCAACAGCAACAUCAUCAUCGCCAUACAGCAGCCUGGACAGCCCAAAUUCUGCAGAGCAGCAGAGAUAACGUGGACAAAAAUGUGAAGCAUCCAUGACAAUUUACACCCUCUGUAGUCUGUUUUUUUCUUAAUUCCCAAGUAUGAUGCAGUGUCUUGGUACACCUAAACCGGAGCCACUUCCAUGUUCCUUUAUGAAUAUAUAUAUAUAAUUUAUUGUCCCGUUGUUGCUGCAUCCAAUGAGCUACAUGUGAAACAACA